GCCCUUGUUCGGUACGACAGACGAUCCCCUACCCUACUUAGAGCAGGUUUCAGCAACUCACGAAGCGUGGGCCAGUAAUAUAAAUUCUGCCUUAAAACAGUCUUUACACAGAAAAAUUGAGUAUCGAAUUGCUUUGCAUUCUUUAUCCGGUUUUUAUCAUUGUUAAACAGAAUAUAAGUCACAUUAGAAACUGUGAGGACAGGCUGGGGCUGAGUUUCAGGUUUACAAAGCAAAGAAUCACCUCUUAUGGAAAGGUUCAUAGCCGAUGAAUUAGCUGCUCGAAACUAUAAAGAAUUCUUACAGCUGUACAACAAGCUUACUCAGAACUGUUUUAUUGCUUGUGUGACAAAUAUGAAUUAUCGUAAAGUUACUGCAGAAGAGGAAUCAUGUAUUGACACGUGCAGCACAAAAUGGAUGAAUCUCAAUCAACGCCAGAUGGCAGUAUUCAUGGAGGUCGGGCCCCUGGCAGAUAAGAAGAUGGGUCAGUCUGUAGGCCAGGGGAUGUGACAUUUCAUUUAAGAUGGAACAAAUCUCAUUGUAAAUAAGAGUAAAGGUCAACCUGUGUAUUCCUCUGCCUGAUUUGCUAUCUUUUUGCUAAGAGUAUGUUGCACUGAAGCCAUGUUUUUUUAGAAACAAGCUUAGUGAACAAGAUUUCUGGAUUCUGGAAGCUUUGGUUGAAUUAUCAGUAUUAUUUUAUAUGAAAGCAUAAAAAAAGAAAGAAAUGCACAAAACAGGGUCAUACCAAGAAGAGACAUGGCUAGAGCUAAAAAUAACAUAUCUUUAAGAGUUAUUGUUUGAGAGAAAUGAAUGCAGUAAGUGAAGAAAAAGCUGGAAAGGCAAGACAAACAAAAACAAGAGUUAAAAUUUAAUUUGGGUAUAAAUUGAAUUUAACAAGAGUUUAGAAAUAAUGUUCCAUUCACCUCUUACCUGAGGCAAAGAGUAAAGAAACAGAAUCAGCUUCCAAUUCUUCAUUUUAAGUACAAACUUAAAACAAAAACCAGAAGAAUGAGAAUAAAGUUCUCUUUUUUUCAGUUUGUGUACAAACAAACAAAGGAAAAACUUUUGUUUUAUGUCUCAUGUGCAAAGAUAAUAAGUAAUUAUACACAAUAAAAAUAACAUAUCAGUCUCUUACUUGAUAUAAAAUCCUUUAUUCUACAUCCCAUACUAAAAUAUUUACAUACAUUUAACAAAAUGCCUAAAGUACAAUAAAAGUUUUCUAUUCCUCUCCACCAUAAAAACAAAUCUUACGCACCAACCAGUCAUAAAACUUGCAUUACACAACAAAAACAAAUGGAGAGCAAAACUCUUCAAAUGCCUUAGGAGGACACAAAACACAUACAUUAAGGUCAAGACUUUUCUUGACACGUGUG